CCUCCAGGGAUUCAUUAGCCUCCUGGUGCUUCUCCCCAGCUAACAAAUUACCGCUAACUGGGGCCGAUGGGGCGUGGCCUGUGGAGCCGGGGUCAAGUCAGGUCAGGUUCACAUCAACUGCCUGAUCGGUGCUGUGGCCUGAGAGCCUCUUGGGCAGAUGCGAGGAAGGCGAGCCGUGGAGCCCCCUCUGUCCCCAAAUGGGCCAGAUCCCAUCCAGCUUUACAUCUGUUUUGCCUUCUGGAAUGGUCGCAGCCCAUCCGAGCGGAUGCACGGGGAGUGUCCUGUCCACAGUCGGACGAUAACCGAGGCCCCAGGGUUAACAACCUUGCCCAGGCCGCCCGGUUCGCAACGGUGGAGCCCGGACUGGGACCACGGAACGGCGGGUCUGGGCCGCCGAUGCCAGAAGGAGGCUCCCCUGCGUCCCCGUAUCCAGCUCAGGUGCUCGCUGCGUCCAGCAGCCUGGCUGGGAGGGGACCCCCGGCAGUGAGGCUUCUCUUCACUCACUCCGGUCUCUGCAGCCCCAGGAAAAGGCUGGAGGGCCUUUGCUGGUGGAGCUGGCUUUGGGCUGGCAGGUCACAUCCUGGACACAGACAAUGGGUCUUACAGGAGAUGACCCCUAGGUCUCCCACUCCACACUUAGAGACCUCACACCCACUCUACUGCUCAACUCAUUUCUCUCCCCAACGUGGACCAGAACCAAGGGUCCCAUCACUGUUCCCAAUCCCUUAUGUCCACCACUGCUAUGAUGAACACCCCCAAAACAACACCUUUGAGAAACUGCGCCAGGGUUUCUCUGCUGAUCCUGGGACCAGCUCUGCUGGGGGAGGGUCUGCGCCUGCGGCGUGGAUGGGAGCUGCGCUCUGUUGUCCCAGAGAGGGGAGCCUGUCACACUUCUCGCUGGGGAUCGGCUGGGGCCUCUGCUUCCUCACGUGUCACCUGGGCUGCCGGUCCCCAGACCAGAAACCUGCCCGUCUGAAGGUGACCACCGCUGCCUCCUUUGGGUUUCACUUGCCCGAGUCCCUCCCCGGGAUGCCCCGCAUCUCUGACGCCUGCUCCCAUGGGGGUCGCCUCCCUUGGACUGGGACGGGUCUGGCCUCCAUCCCGGGGAACACACUGGCUUUGGUGCAUUAUUUGGCACAGAGGCCUGUGGACCUUCUGGCCCUGGGUCGUGAGGGAUGCUCUCCCGUCUGUGUUGUGACCGUCCAGCCUUAUGCAUCUCCCAGUUUGUGAUUGGGCCACGGGAGGACCAGCCCUGUCCUGGCUGGCGUCAGGCUGUGGUGUCACAGCAUGCACAGGGGUCUCCACCCCAAGACCAUUGUCACCGAAGGGGCCUCCAUAUUCCCACCUAAUCUUUAAUCCAUUGCGAUUUCAAUAUCAAAGGAGAAAGAGUCUAUUUCAAACGAACACAAAGUACGAAAAUGAAUCUUUCUCGUCUGAAAAGUUGCUUCAGACCCAAAGGUAUCUCUGGCGAGAUUCCACUUGAAGGAAACCUCCAUAGUAGGUAAUGGAACAUGGAGAGAAAGCAGACUGGGGAUUCGCAGGGGCUGGAGGGGCACGAAUGGGGAGUGAGGGCUCCGGGUACACGGUGAC